UCCAACGGACGACUUAAUACCACAAUCGGGAAAAUUUAGAGGGCUAGGUGACGGCGUCCCCGUUAUUGCCCACCAAAUUCACUACCAAUUUCUUGUUGUUUUGUGAUUAGGCGAUUAAAGGGAGCGAUGCAGUGAACGGCUUCGGCUUGCACACCAGGCCAUGCUGUGGCCGGGCGUACCGUUACGGAUCGCUCUUCUACUCCUGAUUGCCACCGUUGGCCCACCGGGAGCUCGUUCCGAAGGGAACGUGGGCUGUUUGUUUAGCGAACGAUUGUGUUUGGAGGACGAAUGGUGCUUUGAUGAUUACGCUUUUGGUCGAUGUUUACCGCCAGCUUCGGAUGUUGACGAGGACGACUUGUAUAGAUACAAUUUGGAGCGAGAAGUUUUGCACCAAAUAAGUGGAGAAUUGCGUCGAUUGUUUGCUUUGGGAUAUCGAUGGAGUCACGGUUACACGCAAUGUCGCUUACAGGCGAUGUUAUAUGCCACCAAGCACGAUGUAUCGUUCGAGAACAAUGCUUGCUCCCAUUUAGUCGACCAAGACUUAGAAGGAGCUUUGAAAGCUCUAGAAGAGCAAGAUCCAUUAGAUCCGAGAGAAAUGGCCAUUGUCAAAUACACUCCUAGUAUUGAAAAUCCACAUGCUGACUUUGCUGAUGAAGUUUAUUACCCACCAGUAGACGAAACGCCUCAGCAAGCUCUCCGAGAAAAAAUUCUCGCACCAAAUGCCAUAGAUCUUUACGACAUGGAGGACCCUUACGCACAAGUCAUUAAACGAACAUGGAUACCACAAAUGCAUCGACGUUCUCUUCCUGCUUCAGACUAUUUUACUGAAAACUACAACACACCUAGCGAUUUCAGGGCAGGGAGAGAAUCUAGAGACGACCUCGAGUUUCUUCCAUCUGAAAACGAAAUGACAGUAAAUGACCUUCGCCAAAUGUAUCCUCUUAUCAGAUAUCUGAACCAAAUGAAGUUAAGUCCGGAAGAAAUCCAAGACACUCUCACCCCCGAAGAAUACGAUAAACUUCUCCAGUUGUUAGCACAAAUUGAAGCAACUGAUCCGAAUGAAGAAGAAAUCGAAACUGAAGAAGUCGACCCUUUCGAACGAUUCACUCUAGAAUACAACACUCCGGACAGUUUCCGCGCCGGCUGGGAAUCCCGUGAUACUCUAGGGUACAAUGACGAAAUCCCAGAAUCACGAAUUUAUUUCGACGAGAACGACGAACCGAGCGAGGAAUAUGGUAGUGGCUACAAUAUAAUCCCGGGCGAUGCUUUUAGAGAAUUGAAAAAUAGAUUUGAAGACAAUAAUUUUAAUACAAAGGAAAUUUUCAGAGAAUUACAGCAUAAACAUCGCUCGCAAAACACUCCGGGUGUUUACACAGAGGGAGGAGUUGUGUACGCCCCUCGUUCCAAUGAUGACGAUGAGCAAAAUCUUGAAGAAAUUUUAACCAAAUACAAUUUGGGGUUUAAACGACCCGAAAGACUCGAUGUGAAAAAGCCGGGGCCACCAUUCGACGCACAAAUUCUCGAUGGGAAAAGAGCAGUGCCCAAUCGACACCAAAGUUUCCAAUCAGCUUUUACAACACCGAAAAAAGAAGCCGAAAGUAACGAAGUGGUGCCUCAAGAAUCUUACAUUGUUGACACGGAUUACGUUUACGUCGAAUUUGAAAAUGAUGUCUAUAAGUGGGCRGAAGGUAAACAAUUGAUCGGAAACAUUUCUGAUCUUCUGGGACUAGAGCGAUCAGCUUUUAGUCAUGGACGCGUGGACCAUAAUGAGGUUACUUUCAAAGUAGAACCAAACAACAAGGGUUGGAAUUCAACACAAGUGGCCGAACAAAUUGGUAAAAUCAAGGAAAUUCUUAGAGACGCUACAGGUAUUGUAAUUACGGCAGCUGGAAUUGGUGACAAGACUAAAAUGCGAACUGUUGUGUCUGCCCCAAUAUACGACAACGAAUUUUACAUCGUGAUCUUUAUGGUUUGCGGAGUACUAGGAGCUAUGAUUAUUGCAGCAUCAMUUCUGAUCUUGAUCCGACGACAUUUGAAGUCUAAGGAAAAGUUACAAGGAUUAUCCCGUCCAGACACUGAGGCUAGUAAAGAUUAUCAGGAUUUGUGUCGAGCGCGAAUGGCUGCAAAAGGACAACCCGUUGGCGAUACGGUCCAUGGAAGAAUUACAUCUCUAUCUCGCGAAUCCGAACAAAGUCCCAGCAGUCGCUCAAGCACAUCUUCUUGGAGUGAAGAGCCGGCUUUGCACAAUAUGGAUAUUUCAACCGGUCAUAUGGUUCUCAGUUACAUGGAAGACCACUUGAAGAAUAAGGACCGCCUAGAGCAGGAAUGGGUGGCUCUUUGCGCCUACGUAGCUGAACCUUGCGAUACAACCAUUGCUACGAAAAAAGAAAACGUGGAGAAGAACCGUUACCCCGACAUCAUCCCCUACGACCACUCUCGCGUCGUCCUCAAUGAAUUAUCCAAUGCUUCAGGAUCCGACUAUAUCAACGCUUCUAGUAUCACGGACCACGACCCUCGCAACCCCGCCUACAUCGCGACGCAAGGACCGCUCCCGCUCACCGCUCCGGACUUUUGGCAGCUGAUUUGGGAGCAAGGCGCCGUCGUGAUCGUAAUGUUGACGCGGUUGACGGAGGGCGGCGCCGCUAUGUGCCACCGCUACUGGCCCGAAGAGGGCUCCGAGCUCUACCACAUCUACGAGGUGCACCUUGUGAGCGAGCACAUCUGGUGCGACGAUUACCUCGUCCGGUCCUUCUACUUGAAAAACGUGAAAACCGGCGAGACGCGCACAGUGACUCAGUUCCACUUCUUGUCCUGGCCGGAAUCCGGCGUCCCGGCGUCCACUAAAGCCCUUUUGGAGUUCCGCAGAAAGGUCAACAAGUCGUACAGAGGCCGAUCGUGUCCCAUUGUGGUGCACUGCAGCGACGGUGCCGGAAGAACGGGCACCUACUGCUUGAUCGAUAUGGUGUUGAGUAGGAUGGCAAAGGGCGCCAAGGAGAUUGAUAUUGCGGCUACUUUGGAACAUCUGCGGGAUCAAAGACCGAAAAUGGUUGCUACUAAACAACAAUUUGAGUUUGUUUUAACAGCUGUUGCUGAAGAAGUCCACGCCAUCUUGAAAGCUUUGCCACCGCAACCUUCGCCCGCUCAGGCUGACAAAGACAAACAAUAAACCAAUCUGAUAAAGAGCAACUCCCAACAACCAGCCCUGUUCGGGGUUACUCGGCUUUUCUGUUUCGGACCUGACGUAUUCUUCAUCUUCACACACACACACGUACCUUGCUCUUUGUUUCACCUCCGUAAUUACAUAUCCAUGGGUUAAGCAGAUCCUCCGAUUUAUUUUUCUCACGUAAAAACACGACUAUAUUAAUGUUACUUAAUAUGUUACAACUUACAUAAUUAUCUCUAAAGAUAUAUAUUUUGUGUAUUAAUGUAUCAACGUAGUUGCAUAUUUUUCUUAUUUUGUGAAAUAUUUCAGUCAAUUCGAAAGGAUAACGUGUUUCCAAUCACAAGCCUACAAGUAGCAACACUUUUGAUUUUUAUCUAGUGGAGGAAUUACAAGUAUUAAUAUUUUUGGUCACCAGCCUCCCAAAAAUGUUGAUACUGAUGACUUUUUUCUUAUUUUCAUUUCUCUUGAUUAAACUCGACGCUUACCAUAAUAUAAUUCAGACUGAAGUUAAUGAGAAAUGUAAACUUUAUUUAUUUUUUAUGAAAUUCUAUUAAAAUGAUAAAGAAAAGGCUGAGGCGAGGGAAAUUCCUUUUUAUCCAAUUUUAUCACUACGGGUACGUCCCUGGUCCCAGCUGCUAUAUUAUGACGAGAUAUGACUAAAACUUAAAACGAUUAGACUUUUAAGAGAAUUUAAUGAUACAAAGGUAUAAUUACAAAUGUUCUAUGCUAUAUUGUCAACUAACUAUAUUUUGUCAGAUAAUGUUAUGUAUUGAAAUCAUUAAUGUACUGAAUUUAUCUGAAUUAGAAUAGUAUAAUGUAAACUAAGUGUAUGUAUACAGCAUACUA